UUUUCGACUUUGUGACUGAUAAUUUGACGAACUGUUUGUUUUUUAGUCAAUUUCGUGAUUCUUUUAUGUCAAGAACAUCAUACGCAAAUGAAGAAGUUUCUUUUGUCUGCAUUCUUUUGUUAGUCACGUACAAAAAUGCAAGCCGACUAUAUCUAUUAUGAGACCAGUUGUUAAUUUUUCAAUUCUCAGCUGAAUAGUCAAACUAAACUUCACGUUGGCCCACGAGGCAAAAAGUAUUUUCAUGGAAACAAACUUCACAGAAGUCUGUAUAUUUGUCGUUCUAUAUGCCAUUGUGGUUCUGGCUGGUUUACCUGGAAACGUUCUCUUUAUUGCCGUGGUAAAACGAACUCGUUCAAUGCAUACAACGACAAACUUCAUUCUCGGAAACAUCGCCGUUGCCGAUGUAUUCACUCUUCUGUUUUGCUUUCCUGGGGUGCUGUUGCAGUUUGCAGUGGACCAUCAUCCAAGAAACGCCUUUGGAAGUUUUCUUUGCAAGUUUGUCACUAUGCAUCAAAUUGCUGGUGUAACUUUGUUAGUGUCUGGCCUAAGUUUGACACUGAUAUCCAUCGAGAGACAUAACGCUCUGCUUCAGCCAAUGAAUACUAAGCUUCGCCUACGAAAGAAACAACUUUAUUUAGCUGUUAGUCUAAUCUGGAUUUUCUCAAUCGCCUUUGUUUUGCCCCUGUUUGUCGAACAGAAAUACGUCGAUGAACUAAAGAGCUGCCACAUGGACUGGAAACCCCCCGUUUCGAAGGCUUACUGGGGAUCUUUGGCAGGACUCACUCUCCUGUCGUGGCUUGUAAUGUUCGUUUGUUAUUUUCGCAUUGUUAGUGGAAUCUUGCGCGGGGACAUUUUAUCAUCCAGCCCAAAUAAAGGCGAAAACGUCAAAGAAAAGGAUAUCCAAAGCAAGAAAAAGAUUGUCAAACUUUUGAUAACUAUCACCAUUUUAUUUAUAGUUUGUUUUUUGCCAUUCGCUUUAGUCUCAGCCAUAAAUGUUUCAUCACACAGUUUGUUUUACAAAGUUUCCUAUUUCUUGGUGUACUGUAGCUGUUCUCUAAAUCCAGUGGUUUACGCAUUUCAAAGUUCAAACUACAGAACAGGCAUAAGGUGUCUCUGUGCUAAGAGACAAACAAUGCAUAUUGUGAAUUCUGGGAACGAUGUCUUAACCAGGUAGCCUUGAUGAGCCGCUGAAUGCCGACAUUGAUUUUGCAAAUUCCUUUGACAUAGAACAAUGAAAAAAAUAUAUUAAAACACUGUUAUUAACACAGUAAUAAACUGACUGUCGUAAAUAAAAUACACCUGAAUUCACACUAUUA